AUGAGGAUUGAGAACCCCCCGCGGCGCAACGGCCACGAUGCCUACAUUAUCAGAUCGUGUGGGCGAAGCAAGAUUGAUGAACUUGAAUCAAAUAUUGAGCGAAUGGAAAAUGUUUUUGAAAGGUUAGGUUUGAUGCGACCGCUUAAUGACCCGCCUGGAACGACCACGUCAUUUGAUCAGUCUCCUUAUUCCUGGGACAUGUCCGAAGUCCAAGCACAGGAUAGAUUGGAUGCAAUAUGGGAUACGAUGAGCGAUUCAGGAUCGGAUCAUUCAAACCUUCCUACACAUGAUUCAUCCAUGCACGCGCCCACUAGCUUGCCUAAUAGCAGGGCUACUUCAGUGGCGCAAAUCGACUGCAAUGUCUUUUUACAAAACUUGGCAUGUCCAAGUAUCCUUCCAAGCCUCACAAAGGACAAGAGUGUCAAUAGAGAAUCUGGCCAUGGAGCGAGUCAGCACCAUGUCAUGGACAAUUUAAGGAAUCAUGACCUACACAACUUCACCUUGAUGUCUUCCCUUUCAGUCCCAGAUCAAGAUGAAACAUUUGACGGGACAUCUACCCCAAAGACAUUCUAUCCUCUCCCAGGUAUUGCUGAUACCAUGGUACUCUUCCUCGAGUUCCUCGAAAAUUUCAACUCGCUCUGUCCACUGUUUCAACCGGUUUUGCUACUAUCUGUCUAUGACGAGGACAACAGCAUAAAUCCCGACCAAGCAGAUCUCUGGGCGUGCAUAAAUGUUGUUCUGGCAUUGGCACAUACUAUGCGCUCAAGAGAGUCCGAUAUCGCGCAGUCGAACCAUCAAAUGAGUUGGAUGUUCAUGAAAAACGCUUUGCAAGUGGCGAGCAGUUUGUGUAAUGGCCCUCCGACCCUCUGGGCGGCGCAAGCCCUUCUUGGAAUGGCUCUCUUCCUACUUGGAACGUUGAAUGACAAGCCAUGCGACCUUUUUGUCACAUCAGCACUUCGGAUCACUCACGACCUUUUAAGAUUGGAUGACGAUAAAGACACGCCCUCUGGCUGCGAAGAUAAUCUCCAACACUGCCGAAUGGUCUUCUGGAUCGCGUAUUGCCUAGAUCAAGAUAUUUCCUUGCGUUUUGGCACUUCUCUAGGACAGACCGACGAGUAUAUCGACAUUGAGUUCUCACCAGGCCUAUCAUCGCAUCUUUGUACCAUACCAUCCGAUCAGGAACCAAUUGACUUCGACGUUUUCAAAUCUUAUUGCGAGCUUUCGGUGAUAAAAGGCCAGGUUUUUAAACUCCUAUGCUCAUCGAAAACCUCUGAACAGCCAACAUGUGGUCUUGCCGACUCAGUGGCUGUGUUGGACGAAAGACUUCGAGGCUGGAAGGCGAGUGUACCUAAAACAUUCCGUCCUGACGUUCACGAUACGGUUUCGUUUCCCACAUCAAAUGCUUCCAUCCUCCUUCUCAGUCUCCACUUCUCUUAUUUCAACUGUUUGUUAUCAGUUCAUCGCGCGAUCAAUUCUCGCGGUUCGAGUAUUUAUAUGGAGCUUGCUCAAUCAUACAGCUCCGGACUUUUAUCCGAAGAUAUCGCUCACUUUUCUGGGAUUCUUUGUCGGAAUGCAGCCAGGGCAUCGAUCAAACUCAUCAAAUAUAUGCCCGGGCAUACUAAUCCAUCUAUGAUCGGAAUUCUUCUUCACUAUCUCGUUGUGGCGACCGAGAUGCUUUCGAAACAGUUAGUAAUUAAUCCACGAAUGGCAUCAGGAGAAUGCGAUAUCCACAUGAUUCAUCAAGUUGAACGCUUCUUAUCAUCGAUAGUGCUCACGGCACCGAAUGAAGGAAUGCACCGAGUGGUUAAACAUUGCGCUGAGCAACGUAUGCUGGCCGAGUCUGCAGUUAGUUCUGUCGAUACUCAAGUUGCAGUCCAACUUGAA